GUCAUUUUUUUUUUAAUUAUCUGAAGACAUGCAGCCCUAACGACGAUAAGCCUGAUGAACGAUAACGUCAUUACGUCACAGAGCGGCAGGGUUUCGGUCCUCCUCCAGGUCAAUCCACCUGUUGCACCACCUGGAUCGGAGCAGCGCGCAGGAGCGCAACCAUGGGAGGCGUCUAUUCCAGUGAAAAGAUGGCCAACGUUUUUGCCUAUGAGAGCUCAGAACUUGACUGGUGUGAAGACAACUACAGAUACUCUGAAAAUGUUGUGGAGUAUUUCAACACGGUCAGCAGCUUUUUCUUCUUCAUUGUUGCUCCUAUAAUGCUCUAUCUGCUGCAUCCCUAUGCCAAGGAGAGGAGUCUGGCAAUCCACAUGGUCUGGAUCAUGAUGAUUUUUGUAGGACUUUUCUCUGCAUACUUCCACAUGACUCUCAGCUUCGUGGGCCAGAUGCUGGAUGAACUCUCCAUCUUGUGGGUGUUGGCUGUGGGAUAUGCCACUUGGUUCCCUCGUAAACUGUUUCCCUCUUUUAUCAAAGACAGGUCUACAUUUUCCCAGCUCGUCCUUUUGAUCACUGUCAUUACUUCUGUGUCAUCGUUUGUCAAACCUACGGCCAACGCCUACGCCUUAAACUGUUUUGGCCUCCACCUUCUGUACACCUUGGCUGUGGAAAUGAGAUGCUGCACUGACCAGAAGGCUCUACGUCUGGCCAAGCUGUCGGUGGCUCUGUGGGUCCUCGCCAUCUCCUGCUGGAUUAGCGAUCGUUUGUGCUGCAGUUUCUGGCAGCGGUUGAACUUCUGCUACCUUCAUGGGAUCUGGCACAUUCUCAUUGUGAUGGCAGUAGCCUACGGCAGCACGCUGAUAGCUUAUCUGGAUGCCAGCAAUGAAAUACCUUAUUUGCUGCCAGGACUGGAGUACUGGCCCUGUGAUAAAUGGGCUGUUGGAUUCCCCCACAUUGUUCUCUCCAGCUCUCCAAAGACCCAAAAACGGUGCUGACGAAUCAUUACCCCUGGCAUUUCAUUUAUUGUCAAAUGUUUGCUUCACAACUGAAUUGCUUUGCAUUUGAAUACUACUGAAGUUGGCAUUUAAAUGCAUAUCUGUAGCCCCCAAAACAAUAUAAUCAUAGAGGAUAAUAAUGAGGUUAGUCGUUGACAAAACAUUCAUCUCAGCAUUUCCUCUAAAGAGGUUUUUGUGUAAGCACCAAAAAGAACAUUUGAAGCACUUUACAGUAUAAAAAAAAUUAGCACCAAAGUGCUGCAUAGCAAAAACUUAAUUAAGCUAUUAUUGCAAGUAGUAGUUAUCUUUGCAACAGUGUUGAAUUUGACACUCGACAUGUACAGAACAAUACAGCAGAGACUGAUGCUAUUUUUUUGCUAUGUAAACAUAUAUAAAAUGUUACUAAAGUGAGAUAAUAUAAAAUAUUUUUACAUUUGGAGAUGAUUAAAUGUGACCAAAGUCUGCAGAACUAACGUUUGCAUAGCUAACUGCUAGCAUAACUUCCUGGUGAGUCAUUCCUCCAAGUCCCAACCUGGAUUGUUUAGAUUCAAAUUUAUUUGAGCCCCAAAUGGGCAACUGAUGUUACAGCAAGUAUAAAAACUAAAAAACAAAUGAUCAAAUAUUAAAAAAUAAAAAGCAACAAAACAUACCAAAAAGACAUGAAAUACAAAUCAAUACAUAAGAGUACAGCAGUGUGUUUCAUUAUUGACUGACUGUUGCUACAAACACUGAAUCAGGUGCAAGUCCCCCUACCUUGUCCUGCAUUAAAAAGAGAUAUUGCUGCACAUUUAAUGAAAGAAAAGCUUUGUCACACCAGUCAACAAAAUCAUCAGCCACAGGGCCAUUGGCAUGGUCAUCAUCAUGUAGAAGGCUAGCUAUCACCGAGUCAUCUGCAAAUUUUAAUAUUAACCUAUUAUCAUGCCGGCUGUGACAGUCGUCCGUAUACAACAUGUAAAGGACGCAGCCUUGAGGCUGUCCCCCGUAGACAGGGACAUCUCUCUGGACAUGCAUAUAAAAACAAUUACUGCUAAUGUGUUGAAAUUGUUCAUUUAAUGACAUUAAAAGCAGCAAGAAAUAAAGUCUGAAAGCUGAAGCAGACAGGAGGCUAGCGAACACUGCUGCUGUGUUUACAUUUUUUUAUUCCCAGUGAAAUAUUAGCGCCAGCUUCGUUUACCAGCUUGCGAUGAUGAAGAAGUGAUUCUCAGUAGGAUCCACUUGCAAAGAGGGAUAGAUAUGGAAAACAAACCCCCAGCUCAAUAUGCUGCAAAGAUAGUCAUCAAUAAUUGGCAAAAGAAAAAAAAUCCAACUAAAAUCUUCUUUUAAAAGAAUAACAUCUGAAAUGGGAAUAAUCAUUGUAACAUUUUACGUAGAGUUUCAGUUUUUUAAAUGUGAACGAAACACUUCUGACAGACACAAAGUCAAAUGAAAUUAUGUUUUCAUUUCAGUUAUUAAAUUCUAAUUUAUUCUCAUAAUUGAUCAUAUUUUUAUAUAUUUUUUUAGUAAGUUUGGUUGUUUUUUUUAUAAAGAUGUCCAGAAACAUGUGAUUCUUCCGAAUGUUUUAAUAUUACAGACGCUUGAGCAAAUGUCCCAGUCUGGUUGUGUCCCAUCUUGCGAGAAUCAUUGUUUUGUUUUUUGUUUCUUUUUCGCGACGUUUUAGGGCGUUCCAUUGCAAAUGUUGUAUUUUUUUUUCAUUGAUCACGUUUUAAUUUUGUGUGAGAUAUUUGUAAUAUUCCCAUUGCCAUUCUUUACCAAUUUAUUCUAAGCUUCUGAUUUACAUAGGAAACAAGCAACUAAAUUAAAAACUGCUUUGAUUUCAUUUGUUCUAUGGAAAUUUUAUCUAAAUCCCAUUUAUUUAUUUAGAUAUUUUUAUUUUAUUUUAUUUUAUUUUUACUGUGCACCCCAGGCAAACAAAUUGUUUUUGUUACCAUUUUUCUGAUUAUAAAGCUUUUUUAUAGUAUUAUUGUUUUCUUUUCUUAUUGAGAACUUAAGGGGAAUUUAACAGCAAUAAUCAACCUUCAGAUAGUAAUUGUUAUUUCUUAAAAAUAUUGAGAAAUCUUGAUUUGCUUCCAUUUAUAAAGAAUAGUAUUUUACUCUUUACUGUAAUUUUCAUUUUUACACUAACCAUGGAUGUAUAUUGUGAAAAAGUUAAACUUUUGUUUUAACUUUUUAUCAAUUACUAUCAGACUUAAAAUCUAAUAUUUAGUGUUAUGACCGACAUAAAUUGUCCUUUCAUUUAUUUUACUUUAUUUUUAUUCUUUUUUUUAACCUUUUUCCGUGUUCUAGUACCUGAAUGUGUGAAGUGCUUGAUUUAAUUUCAUUGUUGUAUGUUUAUUUGACACUAAUUUUAAAAUAUAAAGCUCUGAAAUAAAUCAAAGUAAUGUGUAUGACAUUUAUAGACAUAAACAAAUGACUGCUGACUGUGAAAGGGAGCUUAUAUUGGAGCUGUCCUCGUGUUGAUGUUUGAAAAUGAAAAUUAUAUUCCGUUUUCUAAAAAUGUCGAUGCGGUUUUCUGAAAAUUUAUUUUGUGGAAAACCUGUAAGUUAGAUUUUUUUUAAUGAGUUCUUAUUGUAAUGCUGUUUUCUUUUGGGGUGUUUUGUACUUAUGUUAGAUAUCGACUUAUUCUUCGAUAAACGUUUUGCUUCUUUCA